AUGGGUUCGCGCCCGGAACAAUCCGAAGCCUGCAAAGCCCCCCCCCCCAGCUACGGGCAGCGAACACAGCAGCUGAUCAAUGGCCAAGACCUCGGCUUCACGCCCACAAUCACGGUCGACGGCCCAUGGACGGUUGAAAAGGUGGUCGAGCAGCUACCCGGCGGCGCGCCGGCCGCGGGGUCCAGCUCGCCACUGGCCUUCUUCCACAUGCUCGAGCGCCUCAAAACGACCAAGCGCGAAGGCUGGCGACGCUUCGGCAUCGAGCGGGGCGAGUCCAUCGCCGACCACAUGUACCGCAUGUCGCUCAUCUCCAUGUUCGCCCCCCCGUCCCUCGCCCCCCGUCUCGACCUCCCCAAGUGCGUCAAGAUGUGCCUCGUCCACGACAUGGCCGAGCUCCUCGUCGGCGACAUCACCCCCGUCGACGGCGUCCCCAAGCCCGAAAAGUCCCGCCGCGAGGCCGCCACCAUGGACUACCUCGUCUCCCUCGCCCCUUCAUCUGUCGGCGCGGAGAUUCGCGCCAUCUGGCAGGAAUACGAAGACGCGCAAACGCUGGACAGCAAGUUUGUGCACGACGUGGACAAGAUGGAGCUGCUGUUGCAGAUGAUGGAGUACGAAAGGAGGGGCGCGCGCGGGGUGGACUUGGGCGAGUUUGCGUACGUGGCGGGCAACAUGACGCUGGAGGAGACGAGGGGGUGGGCAAGGGAGUUGAUCGCGGAGAGGGAGGCGUUUUGGGGAGGGGAGGCACAUGUGCAGGGCGACAAGGGCAAGGAGGGAGGCCUGUCGGAGCUGCAUGCGAAGCAGCAGGCCGAGUACUACAAGCGCGACUAA